AGAAUGAAAUGAAAGAAACUCCUGCAGAGCUAAGCCAUCCUGUGGUAGAAACUCCCAAGCAGUGGUUCAGGGGUGAUGGAUCCUAUGAUUUUACUUGGAGAAAAAGCUGUGCAACACAUGAGAGAAUCCAGCUUAGAGAGAGUCAUUGUGAAUGUAUCGAAUGUGGAAAAGGUGUUAUAAAAAAGGAAAAUCUUAUUGUACAACCGAGAAUCCACACACGAGAAAAACCUUAUGAAUGUAACCAAUGUGGAAAAGCUUUUAGAAGGAAGGGAAAACUUAUCGUACAUCAGAGAAUCCACACUGGAGAGAAGCCUUAUGAAUGUAACCAAUGUGGAAAGGCUUUUAAAAGCAAGGGAGGUCUCAUUGGUCAUCAAAAAAUCCACACUGGUGAGAAACCUUAUGAAUGUAAUCAAUGUGGAAAGGCUUUUAGAAGCAAGGGAGUUCUCAUUGGUCAUCAGAGAAUCCACACUGGUGAGAAACCUUAUGAAUGUAACCAAUGUGGAAAGACUUUCAGAAGGAAGGGAAAACUUACCGUACAUCAGAAAAUCCAUACUGGAGAGAAGCCUUAUGAAUGUAACCAAUGUGGAAAGGCUUUUAGAAGCAAGGGAGGCCUCAUUGGUCAUCAAAAAAUCCACACUGGUGAGAAACCUUAUGAAUGUAACCAAUGUGGAAAGGCUUUUAGAAGCAAGGGAGGUCUCAUUGGUCAUCAGAGAAUCCACACUGGUGAGAAACCUUAUGAAUGUAACCAGUGUGGAAAGGCUUUUAGAAGCAAGGAAGGUCUUAUUGGACAUCAGAUGAUGCACAUUGCAGAGAAGCCUUAUGAAUGUAACCACUGUGAAAAGGCUUUUAGAAGCAAGGGAGGUCUUAUUGGACAUGAGAUGAUGCACACUGGAGAGAAACCUUAUGAGUGUAACCAGUGUGGAAAGGCUUUUAGAAGCAAAGGAGGUCUUAUUGGUCAUCAGAGAAUCCACACUGGAGAGAAACCUUAUGAAUGUAACCACUGUGGAAAGGCUUUUACACAAAAGGGAACUCUUACUACACAUCAGAGAAUCCACACUGGAGAGAAACCUUAUGAAUGUAACCAGUGUGGAAAGGCCUUUAGAGACAAGGAUGGUCUUACUGUACAUCAGAGAAUCCACACUGGAGAAAAACCUUAUGAAUGUAACCAAUGUGGAAAAGCUUUUAGAAGGAAAGGAAAACUUACUGUACAUCAGAGAACCCAUACUGGAGAAAAGCCUUAUGAAUGUAACCACUGUGGAAAGGCUUUUACAAGCAAAAGAGGUCUCAUUGGUCAUCAGAGAAUCCAUACUGGAGAGAAACCUUAUAAAUGUAACCAAUGUAUAAAGGUUUUUAGAUAUAAAUCUAGUCUUACUGACCAUGAGCGUACCCACACUUAAGAGAAACUUUAUGACUAUAAUCAAUGUUGGAAAGCUUUUGCAAAUAGAGGAUUUCUUACUAGAUAUCAAAGAACCCAAACUGGACAGAAACCUUCUGAAUGUAAGCAAUGUGGAAAGGCUUUUGGGGGAAACCUGGAAUGCUAAUGUAUUGUUGGUGGAAUUGUGAACGGAUCCAACCAUUCUGUCAAACAAUAUGGAACUAUGCCCAAAGGGCUAUCAACAAGUGCAUAGCCUUUGAACUAGCAAUGUUUCUACUGGGCUUAUUUGCCAAAGAGAUCCUAAAGGAGGGGAAAAGACCCAUAUGUGCAGAAAUGUUUCUGCAGUCCUGUUUGUAGUGGCAAGAAACUGGAAACUGAGUGGAUGCCCAUCAGAUGGGAAAUACUGAAUAAGUCAUAGCACAUUAAUGUUGUGCAAUAUUAUUGUUCUAUAAGGAAUGAUCAGCAGGAUGAUUCCAGAGACGCCUACAUGAGCUGAUGCAAAGUGAAGUGAGCAGAAUCAGGAAAUGAUCAUACAUGGCAACAUCAAGACUAUACAAUGAUCAAUUAUGGUGGACAUGGCUUGUUUCAACAAUGACAUGAUUCACGCCAGUUCCAAUGAUCUUGUCAUGAAGAGAGUCAUCUACACUGAUAUAUGACUGUGGGAACUGAGGUGGAUCACAACAUAGCAUUUGCACUCUUUGUGCACCUAACAAGUUGGUGAGAAUACCCCAAAAAUACUGGUGAGAGAAGUUUCCCAGGGCUGCUGUCACUUCCUGUCAGAUGAGUCCCAGCUGUCCCAAAGCACAAUGUAUCCAAGCCUCUGACGCCGGCUUGGGGGUCAAUUUCCUCUCCAAGAUGUUCCCUUUCAAAUGUGGCAGAUGGACUUCAUUCAAUUGCCAGCAGCCCAUGGUUCCAAAUAUGCUUUGGGAAUGGUCUGUACACUUUCCCGCUGAGUGGCAGAGCUCCCCCACAGCCUGUGGGCUAGCAAAAAUCAUCUUAGAUAAAAAGCAUUUCAGACCCACAUGGGCCACAAUGUGCCGGACCUUUGUGCGGUCACAAAGAACUGAAAAAUAAAUAUGUGUCUGUCUACUGGGGAAUGGCUGAAUAACUUGUGGUACUUGAAGACCAUGGUAAAAAUGAGGAAUGGCUGGUUUUGGUAAAACCUGGAAUUACAUGACCUGAUACUGAUUCAAACAAGCAGAACUAGAAGUACACUGUACACAGUAACAGUCAGAAUGCAUGAUGAUCAACUAUGAACUAUGGUCCUUAUCAGAGGUUCAGGGAUGCAAAGCAACCCCAACAAACUGCACAGAAAAUGCCAUCUGCAUCCGCAAAAAGAACUACGGAGACUGAAUGUAAAUAAACAUGUGCUAUGUUCUCUACUUUUUUCUUUUCUUUUUUUUUUUUAAAUCUCUUCAAUUUUUCUCUCCCUAUAACAUGCAUAAAGCAAUGUGUAUUAAGAAGAAACAAAGUUACUAGGGAAAAAAAAGAAAAAAAAUCAUUCCAUUAUGUAGGGUUCUUAAAGAAAUUCUUAAUAAUAGAUGUACCCAUUUUACAAGAGCUUCAUUACCUAAGGUGCUUUCACCCUAGUCAAUCACACAGCACAUUGGGCCUUUUACCUCCCAGUCAUCAAGGAUAGGGAAUAAAGUUAAUAGAAUACUUAACACCU